CCCACACGAACACCUGGAGCCUGAAGACGGGUUGAGAGGACGUGUGUUGUGUUGUGCCAGAAACAUUGUUUAAGGUCUAGCCAUCAAGUACUGAAACAUAAUGGCAAACUUUGGUGCAGUUAGACCUGUUGGAACUGUAGCAGGAAGUGGAAGUGGUUUUAAUUUUGGAGCUCAACCAACAGCAGGGACAAGCACCUCCAGUAGUGGUUUUAGCUUUGGACAGCCACAGACUUCGACAGUUGCAGCCGUUACUAAAAGUUUCUUUACAGCACCCACAAGUACACCUACAGCUGGAGGGUUUAGCUUUGGUAACCUUAGCAAUAUGAGCAGCACUGGAACCCAACCAGUAGUAACAGGAACAUCAACAAGUGGUUUUAGCUUUGGCAGCCCUGCCCCAGUUGCCACAGGUAUUGGUGGUUGCACAAGUACUAUCCCAACAGCCUCUGCAGGUGGAUUCAACUUUGGUACUCUGCCAACAGUGGCUACAAGCUCAACAGGAUUUGCUCUGGGUGGCACCCCAGCUACAAGCUCCUCUACUGGUUUUACUCUUGGUGGUACAAGCCUCACUCCAGCUACAUCUGCCAGCACAGGAUUCUCCUUUGGAGUAAUGGGUGGCACCCCAGCAUCCACAUCAUCUGGGUUUUCUCUUGGUGGCUUAGGAGGAACACCAGCAGUUUCAGCAUCCACUGGGUUUCCUUUGGGUGGUGCACAACCUUCAAAAACUCCAGCAUUUGGUUUUGCCAAUCCUACAGGUACCCCUUCCCUAACAAGUACUGGAUGUUUGGGUGGUGCAGGAAUUGGCUUAGGAGGUGCUCAGCCACCAUCUGCAAAUGCUGAUGCAAACAUUGCUGGGUCUAAAACUGAUGGGAAAUCUACCAAGGACCAGCAUCUUACUCAAGAUUUGUUUGCCACCAUAGCAGUGUUUGAGUCACGGCGUAAUGCAGAAAAUGCAGCCUCUGAAGAAAACAUUCGACAAACAGCAGCCCCUUUUCACAAAGUGGGUAAGAAGGCUGAGGAGAUCCAGCAGCAGCUAGCAGAACUAGCCAGUGAAUAUUUACAGUUACAUGCCAGUGCAGUCAAUCUAAAAGCAGAGGUUAUGAAGGUGAUUAUGUCAUUCAGUCUUUGCUUCAAGGAAAUAAAUUAUCUUAAGUAAAUUAUUUGAGGGUUU